AUGGCUGCUGCAUUAACGCUAUACUCCAAUCCAUUUUCUCAACCAUGCCGUGCUGUUCGAUGCUUCUUAGCAUUGAACCAUAUAGACUAUGAACUCCAUCCCAUAGACUUCGGCAAAGGAGAUCACAGAUCCCCAGAAUUCCUCGCAAUAAACCCACAAGGACUAAUUCCUGUUAUUACCCAUGGAGAUUUCACACUCUCAGAAAGUGGAGCCAUCCUUAUCUACUUACUCCUUUUUUAAAAGAGGGCAAAGAUUUUUCUACUCUUUAGAGAAGCUAUCGUUUUUAACUAAUUUAUAUUUAUUAUUUACUCUCCCCUGCGUGAGGGAACAAAAAUUUUGCUCGCUCACAGAGGCGAUUAAUUUUUUUUUAAAAAAUUAUUAAGAUUUAAAAAAUCCAGGCUCGAAAUAAUUUUAAAGUAAAUAUUAAUUUAAUUUGUAAAAUUUAGGUUUUAAAUACAAGCUGUUUAAAAUUAAGUAGAAUUAGUUAGAGAUUUCAUUAUAGUAAUUAUUACUUUAUAUAUCAAAUAAAUUUUCAUAAAAAAUUUUUUAUUCGCUGAAGGGCGGUUUUUACCCAAAAAAUAGGAAUUUUUCCAAUGGUUUUGUUCGCUCUUCAAGUGGGGGGAGCUAGCAUUUUAAUAUUUAGGAAAUUCUAAUAACUUAUAAUAAAAUUUAUGCUAAAAAGUGUAAGUGUAUAAGAUUUAAUAGCAUUAAUUGAGAAUUGGUAUAAAAUUCAUUUUUUGGUUUACUUACUCUUAAAAGAGGGGAACUAGCAGAAGCUUUCCACGUCGAAAACCAAUGGUAUCCAGCAGACAUCCACCAAAGAGCCCAGAUUAAUUCAUACUUGCAUUGGCAUCAUACAAACUCACGCAAGCAUGUCUAUGGCUAUGUUUUCCAUAAAGUUACCCAGCCUGUAUUUAUGGGACUCCCACCCAUUGCUCCUGAAAAAGAGGCUGAAUUAAAAGCUAACGUUGACACUUUCAUGGCUGGUAUUAAUCAAACAUUAGAAGCCCACCACUACAUAGCAAGAACUUCUCAAGCAAGCUUAGCCGAUCUCCAAUGCUUCUGUGAGCUUGCUCAAUUGAAAUUAGCGAACUACGACUUUACACCAUACCCAGCUGUUAAGAGAUGGUUUGAGGAACUAGAAAGCAACCCUCAAAUCAACGAGAUUCAUCAGCCAUUAUUCGGUUUCGCAAGAAAACUUAACACUCCUGCAGAGGAAGCUACUAAUUAA